UUUCACCUCGUACAUAAACUUAAACACCAACAUAACUUCUGUCCACCUGUGACAACAGUCGGCCCCGCAUUGCACAGUCGUUUGACGAGGAGUGCGCCUGCGCAGCGGCACUAUGCAGUUGUUCGUUAGGUGCCUUGACUCGCGGACCCGCGUCUGUGACGUGGAGCCGAGCUGCAGCGUUGAGGAGCUAAAACAGCAGAUUCGGGAUGUGGAAGGCGUGCCCUGCUGCUCGCAAGGGCUGGUGUUCGCGGGGCGGCAACUGGAGGAUGCUCGGAGCCUCGUUUCUUACGGCGUAACCAGCGACAGCACGCUUCACUUAGUGCUGCGGCUGCGCGGUGGCAAGGGUGGUUUCGGAGCCCUGCUGCGUGGUCUGGGCCGCGACGGCUCAAAGACGACCAACAACGAUGCUAUGCGCGACCUCCAGGGUCGCCGGCUGAAGCACGCGAACGCGGAGCAGAAACUGCGGGAGUGGAAGGAGAAGGAGAAGGAGCGCGAGCUGGAGAAGAUUGCCAUGAAGCACAUCAAGGAGCAGGAGCGGCAAGCGAAGCGGGAGCGGGAGAAUGAGGUGGAGGUGGGCAGCAUCGUGGAGGCCCAGCGGGUGACCGUGGCGCGGGUGCAGGACGCCGUACAGGCCGCGCUGGCCAACGGCACCAGCGGGAACAAGGCGGCGGCAGCAGCGGCGGGCCCGUCCGCAGCGGGCGCGAAGCGCCCCGCUAACGGCAGCGCCGCCGGCUCGAAGGCGGCGGCGGCGGCGGGCCCUGUGGCGAAGCGCUCCCGCAUGAUGGCGGCCAUUGAGUCGUUUGGGAGCGACGACGGCAGCGAUUCGUCCUCGGAGGGCGAGGACGCGUAGGCGGCUGGCGCACGGCAAGCGGGCUGGAGGGAGGGCGGGGCGGCUGGCUGGCUAGCUGGCUGGCUGGUGAGCAAGCUGGCCAACGGAAUCAAUGGCAUGGGGAGCAGCCGGAGCAGCAGUAGCCGCGGUGCCAGCAGUAGCUGACCAAUGGCGGUCUUUUGGGCAGCUUCUGUCUGGAGGCAAGCGGCUGCCGCGGCGGCGGAAACCGGGACGGUGACGCAGCGCUGGCGUAGCCGUACGGGGGCGGAAACGGGGUCGGGGCAUGGCGCCGGUCGGGCCGGCUGCUCGGGGGCCUUGUGAGCGGGACGAAGCCUUGCUCAGGCCUGCCUGCGUGGCACUGCUUACAGCUGCAAGUGGCCGGCGUCCAGUGCGGCGGCCGGCUUCGGUUCCGGUAUCUGUCAGCUGAGGGCGGCGGCUGAGCGCUCUAACUGGAGCAGCUGCAGGCACGUGUGUGCCGGUGCCGUUGAGGGGGAGCCGAGAUGUGUGUGUGUGUGGGGGGGGGGUGGUCACAGGCGCUGCGCUGGCGGUGGACCUAGACGCACCACCACAUCGCGGCAUCACGCCCGCUGUUUGGAUCGUGUGUGUGCACCUGCGGGCCGCUAACUGGAGGGGCUACUGCCGCGCUGCUGUGUGGUCUUCUGGCAGUGCUUGGCGGAAGCGGAGGACGGGAGGAGAAUUCGACACUAGCGGCUUACUGCGGACUGCAAGGGUGGGGUUGGCGGCGCGUUGAAACGUAGGCUGCAGGUGUUGUGCACGUCACGUGGUUGAUGAGUGAUGAUACAUAAAAUAAAGUAGGUGUGUUUUGAGGGGUGACAGGCCGUGUCGAAGCACCAGUGCGCCGGGCGGGGCGGCAGCCCGCCCGGGCGGCCCAGGGCACCGCAAACUGCACAACGUGUACUUGUACAGUUGUACGUGCAUCCCAUUAUAGCUGAAGCCCUAUGGGCCGCGAGGAAUGCAUUGGUCCGAUACAUGUGAACAUGAGCA